UUUGAGUGCCAAAGACCUCUGCUUUCACAAGACAAAGCAAAGAUGUCUUCAAACCACAAUGGAGUCCUGCUUAGCAUCCUUUGCCUUUGUGCAAUCAGUUGCACAGAGGUCUUUGGAUACUCUUCAGUAAUCAGUGUGAGAAAUGGAGGCCCAUGGGGCGAGUGGGAGUAUCGUGAAAAUUGUCCUAAAGGAUGGAUUGCCUAUGGAUAUGCUUUGAAGGUAGAUGACUCCCAAGGAAGUGGAGAUGAUACAGGACUGAAUGGAAUACAGCUGUUCUGUAAGGCAUCAGCAGAUUCUACUGAAACACAUCGUAUUGAAUCGGGGAUGGGCCAGUGGGGCACAUGGACAAGCCCAAAGUGGUGCAAAAAUAGUUUUCUCAAAGCAUUCAUAUUGAAAGUGCAGCAGCCUCAGGGAUACGGUGAUGAUACUGCAGCCACCGACAUCAAGUUCAUAUGCUCUGAUGACACAAUAGCAAAAAAAGGACGGGUCAUGGCAAGGUGGGGAGAUCAAAGUAGUGCCUGUGAAAAGGGCAUCUCUGGCAUUCAGACAAAGGUGGAGCCACCACAAGGAUCUGGAGAUGACUCGGCUCUGAAUGACGUCCGUUUUUUCUGCCGUUAAAUUCUGAGUCUGCACAGAACACCUUAGUGGCUUGUUGAGAAGGGACUUUAAUAUUUACAUGAUAGCGAUAUUUAAACUAAUA